AUGAGAAGAAAAUCACUCUACCUUCUGACUGUGGGGGUCCUUGCAACAUAUUAUAUUUAUACACCUCUCCCAGAUAACGUUGAAGAACCAUGGAGAAUGAUGUGGCUUAAUUGGCAAGUGAAAACUAUUACAUUUGUCGAGCUGCUAGGACUUUACCAUUUUAUGGAUUUCAGUAUGAUUUUCAUAAACCUUACAGAAGUUCCACCAACCUCAGAUGAAAACAUCACUGUGACUGAGACAAAAUUCAAUGACAUUCCUGUUCGUGUAUAUGUGCCAAAGAGGAAGUCAGAGGCACUAAGAAGGGGGUUGUUUUAUAUCCAUGAUGGUGGCUGGUGUUUGGGAAGUGCUGCUGUGCAUGAAUAUGAUCUGUUGUCAAGGUGGACAGCAGACAGACUUAAUGCUGUUGUCAUAUCAACCAACUACAGAUUAGCACCUAAGUAUCAUUUCCCAACUCAAUUUGAAGAUGUAUAUAAUGCCUUACAGUGGUUCUUACGUGAAGACGUUCUUUCAAAAUAUGGAGUGAACCCUGAGAGAGUUGGUAUUUCUGGAGACAGUGCAGGUGGGAAUUUAGUUGCAGCAGUGACUCAACAGCUUUUGGAUGACCCAGAUAUCAAGAUCAAACUCAAGCUUCAAUCUUUAAUUUAUCCUGCCCUUCAGCCUCUUGAUGUAGAUUCACCAUCAUAUCGAGAAAAUUCUCAUUUUCCAAUUCUGUCCAAAUCCAUGACAAUCAGAUUCUGGAGUGAAUACUUUACUACAGACAGAUCACUUGAGAAAGCCAUGCUUUCCAACCAACAUGUACCUGCAGAAUCAAGUUAUCUCUUCAAGUUUGUUAAUUGGAGUUCCUUACUCCCUAAAAGAUUUGUUAAGGGACAUGUUUAUAACAAUCCAAUUCAUGGUAGCCCUGAACUGGCUAAAAAAUACCCAGGAUUUCUGGAUGUGAGGGCAGCCCCGCUGUUGGCUGAUGACAACAAAUUGUGCUGUUUACCCCUGACCUAUGUAAUCACCUGCCAAUAUGACAUCUUAAGAGAUGAUGGACUAAUGUAUGUCACCCGACUCUGGAACGCAGGAGUUCAGGUGACUCAUAGUCAUGCUGAAGAAGGGUUCCAUGGAACAUUUUCAUUCCUGGAAUUUAAAAUCAGUUAUAGGAUGAUAAAUCAGUAUAUUGAUUGGCUAAAGGAAAAUCUAUAA